GUACCUGUUUCCUUAAUACUCUCUGUGAUACAUGGAAAGGACAUGUAAAACACUUCUGCUGCAUACCAAGUGUUCUCUACUCUGUGCCUGUAGAUGUUGACAUGUGAUUUACAAUGUUGUCUCUCCAUCAACAAGGAUUCCUUACCUUCUGGAUCCCAGGUUUUUGUACAGAGUUCCUGAAACCUUUCUAUCUCUCCUGAGUUUGCAAGCAGAUAUUGGACAGGGAUGCAGUCAUCCAAUUCUUGAUUGGGUUGCAGGAUCAGCCUAACCAAGAUUUAAACAGUCAAGUUAAAUCAGGCUGGGUAAUCAUGGCAGAAGGUGGAUUUGAUCCUUGUGAAUGUGUUUGCUCUCAUGAACAUGCGAUGAGAAGACUGAUCAAUCUGUUAAGGCAGUCCCAGUCUUACUGCACAGACACAGAAUGUCUUCAGGAAUUACCAGGACCUUCUGGUGAUAAUGGCACCAGUAUUACUAUGAUCUUGAUGGCCUGGAUGGUUAUUGCAGUGAUUUUGUUUCUACUAAGACCUCCUAAUCUAAGAGGAUCCAGUCUAACUGGAAAACCAACCAGUCCUCACAAUGGACAAGAUCCACCAGCCCCUCCUGUGGACUAACUUUGUGAUAUGGGAAGAGAAAAUUAACACCUUGCACGACCAAAUGAACGAAGAUGACCAGAGUACUCUUAACCCCAUUAGAACUGUUUUUACUUUUGCAUCUGCAAUAUGGGAUGGUAUUGUUUUCAUGAGCUUCUAGAAAUUCACUUGUGAGCUUUUUAUUGCUUUCUGUGUUAUCGCCAUUCCUAUUUACAGUUUAUUUGAGUAAAUGAUUAUAUUUUAAAAAUUUACUUGGGGUUUUUUUGGUUAUCCUAAAUUUAAACAUUCCAUUCAUUCUGUUUGUAACUAUGAUCAUAAUUUUUGUGAUGAUUUCUGGCCUGAUUGAAGGAAAUUUGAGAUCUCUGCAUUUAAAUAUUUUCAUUUUGAUAGUUUUUAAAAUUGCUCCCCCCAAGGUAUUUAUAAAGUUAUUUGAGCUUGUUUGAGACUGUAUGAAAGAAAAUUAAUAACCACACACUGUAUUUGUAUUGACCUUGGUAGUUUAUUUGUGAGGGGCAGUUUUCUCUAGUUCUUGGGACUAUGGCAGCCUUUGGAAUAUUUUAUAAGUUAAUAGCUAAAAAUACAACUGACUUAUGUGACUAGUAAAGGAGAAGCAAUAUUUGUUUACUAAGAUUUUCACUCCCAUAAAAAUUUCAGUCUAAUAUUAAAAGCUUAAAUAAACAUGAUGUACAUAUGGUGGCUGAUUUGCAGUCCAUUAUAUGACAUUUGCGAUCCACUGUACACAAGCCUUUCAAGGUUCAUGAAAGGAGGAAAAUAUUAAUUCUUUCUGCCUUUGCCAGACAUAAUCUAUACAAUAAUAAUUUAUAAUUUAUUUUUAAAAUGGGUGUUUCUCAGAAGGCUUCUUUUCUGUUGUAACACUUCCCUAUUAAAUGAAACUAUCGUAAAGAAGUUUUGGGGGGGGGGCUCUUUGGUUAUUGUCAUUGAAUACUAUUUUUGUUCUUUGAAGAAAAAAAUCUGAGUCUUUUGUUAUCUUUCUGACUUAAAAAAUAUUUAACAAAUUCUUGGUUUACUCCAAGGAAAAUGAGAAGAAAUCAAGGAUCUUUUUCUCACCCUUUAUAUCAUUCUUGUUUGGUAAUGGGGUGAAUUGGGAUGGGAAGUAGCAUCGGUAUAAGUAAAAUUUUGAAAUGUAUAAAAAAGUAAAAGGUUGCUUUGCUCAGUUAUAAAGAAAAUGAAUACAAAUGUCAUUUAAAAAGUCUAUAUAACCUAUAUGGUUAUGGAUUUUUUUCCUAGCAAGUGAUUGCAGAUAAUUUAUGGGAGCUAGAAGAUAGUUUGCUAUCAAUGUGUAAUGAGUUUCCCCAUAGAUCAGUCAAGCCUUUCACUGUAUAGAUCUCAGAAAUUUGUAUGAAUUGAAUAAACUUCUCUAUGUCAUUGUACUAUUUAAUAGUCUCUGAUAAAAUUGUGUAAUGCUUGUAGAGUUAUUUCCCCCCCUUUAUUAUAAUUACAUUCUAAGCCAUCAUCAUUGGAAAGGAGUUCAUUUCAUUAUGUAAUUCAAUAUUAACUGCUUGCAUUCCUCCUAUGCAUCUUGGCUUUGUGCUCAAUUUCUUGAAACAAUAUAACCAACUCUUAAGUUGUGUUAAUUGAAGUGUAGCAUAACACAGGUAAGUCAAAUUUUAGAUUAAUGAACAUCAUAGAGUUAAGAUUUUUCCUCUUGCUGUGGCCUACUGGAUGCCAUCUCAUUUCUAUAGCUGUUUAAUAUUUAAAGCAGAAAGGGCAGGACUGGCAUAAGAUGGAACAAAAUUCCUGUAAGCAUUCCUUUUUCUGCCCUGGUCCCUGAACUUUGAAGGCUUGCACAUAUAUCUUAACAGUCUGUUCUCUAAGCAGCUGGAAAGCCCAUCUCUAGCAGAGAUAAUGAUGUUUUAGUGAAUCUGUGACUCACAAAUAACUGAGAAUUAAUUGACUUUGUUGAAGAAGUAGCCAUGACAUGAACCAGAAUGUGUAGUGUUAGCUAGAGACCUGGAAAUCUGGAUUCUUAUUUGUAUUUCGUUUCUGUCACAUACAUUUAAUUAACAUGACAUCUAGAAUAUUUUCUAUAUGGACCAUUUGUUUAAUUAGUAACAAAAGUUCUUAAUGAGAUAUUUAGUCUUGGUUUUUUUCUUGUAAAGUAUAUGCAUUCCUGACAAAGACCGUGUACUACUGCACAUAAAGUGUUUCUGUUAACCUAACUAGUAAUUUAUAUUAUCCUAUUUAAUUUUUAAAGCUUCUACGUAUUGCCGUGUAUUGAGUACACUUACGCAUUAUUUGACUUACUAACAUUCACCUGAACUGUUAACUAUAAUCAUUUAAAAAUAAAUCUGGAGAAAACAUGAAGUGUCACGUUUUAAUCCAUUUUGACUUUAAAACACUCCUCAAAUGCCGUUAAAAAUUUAUUUUGUUUUAGAGUCAUUUAAUGUUCAUUAUGCAAGAUUUUUUUUUUUUGCUUUCCAUACAGAAAAGUUAACUUUGGAACUAUGUGUAGUAAAAGUUUAUCACUUAUCUCUCCAAACACUAGCCCAUGGUCAGCAAGUCAUAUUUUAAACAACAGCCAUUCCAUGGUUUCUUUCAGUGUCUUUGUGGUAUGUAAUAUGAUCGUAUGUAUGGAAUUACUGAUACCUGACAUUUUCAAAGAAUUCUUGGAAGUCCAUCACUCUCAAUGAAAGUUUGUCACUCUGAAUAUGUGCUAAAAUUUGAUCAGCUCAGUUUGAUACAAAACAGCAACUUGAAGGAGAAAUGAAGAGUUUACAGUUAGUAGGUUAAAUUUUUGUUGUUGCAAUAGUAGGUUUAGGCUUAACAUUUUCUAAAUAAAAAAUCCUAUGUAUUUGUUACCAUGUCUAAUGAUUACUUUGUUAAAAGCAAAAGUGGUCAUGUGGUAUACUAAAUGUUAAUUGCUGAUUUUAAGUGUUUUAAAUCAUGCCAAACAAAUCAUGUCUGUGCCAUCCAGGGUUUAUUGUAAUCUUUUACUGAGUACUUGGAUUGGGAUAAAGGGCUUGUACUAUGCACUUUUUAUUAAUGAAUAAAUAGAAAACAUUAGUAACACUCAUUGUUUUUUGUUUGGCUUUUGUGGGAAGAGAAGCA